AAAAAAAAAAAAAAAAAAAAAAAGACAAUGAUUUAUCAACCAUUGACACAGAAUGAGAAACUUUUUUUUUGAAGGGGUUAUUCUAUCUUUCUUGUAUUAAUAUGAAUUCUUGGUGUGUUUUACCUAAUGAAAUACUAGAGUACAUUUUUCAGCAUGUUGAUACUGAGACUGCAACUCAAUGUCAACGUGUAUGUCACCAUUGGAAUGCAGUUGCUCAAAAAGCUACUUACAGCCAUAUUACCAUCCACAAUUUAAGCCAAAUGAAACUGUUGAUGCGGACCCUCAUGUCAUGCUCUGUAGGUCAAUACGUCAAACAACUUUGCAUAAAAGGCGUCUUUGAUCCUCUUAUGCUGGAAAAAGAAAUCAGACAAAAGACGUUCCAUGUCUUGGCCAGCCUUACACCUCGACUCCAAGGCCUCAGUAUACCCUGGGUCAGUGUAAAAUUUUGGGCGUGCUUGAGGACUGCAUUACUAAACGGAUACUGGAAGCAACUCGAUACAGUGCCUCAACCCACCAGUAUGUUGCAAAUGAGCGACUAUGGUCUUGCUACAACGAUGAUGAGCAAUCGCAUCAAAAGCAUCCAGUUAUAUAUCACUUAUGAUAUGAGAAUGUACCAAAAUGAUGACUCGAGUGUUGCUUUAUGGACACAUCAUUUGCGUGCUUUUCAUUAUUUGGAAAGUUUGUUUCUUAAGAACGAUAAAAGGUCCCCCUUACAUGCUUAUGAUACUAUGAUUGACGCUUGUCCGACAUUGAAACAGUUCAAGUUGGCUACGCAUCACCAAGGCCUCGCUAUCAUCGAGCACUCUUUUUUUCGCGCCAAAUCAGUGGUUCCAAACUACAGUAUAUCUCAUUUGGAAUUAGUUUGUGAUUAUCUCUCAAGAAACGAUCUUGUCUAUUUGAUCCAAAAAUUCAAAACAUUAAAGCAUUUGAUGAUAUUGCAUGAAGAUAAUAAGUCAUGGCAUUUACAAGAGUUAAAUGGCAUCGAUUUUGAUAUUGUCGUCCAAUUUCAUGACUACAUACGAAAGCUUGAAACAUUCAACGCCAAGAUACCAUCUAGUUUUCUGAAUCAACAACUGAAUUUUUAAAUAAAAGAGAAUACCUUUGUUUACUCCUCAAGAAAAAAAAAGAGGAGGAAGGAGGGAGAGGGAACCGUUCUUGCGUAAAUUAAAAACUCGAGCCUUACAUACUUGCU